AUGUCGAUGCGAUGUGAAACCGUUUGGGUUCAUUGCGACUCCGAAACCAGUCGUCUCCUCCGUCGAAGGUUGACCGGAACCAAAUCGGGUGUUGCCUCGACCAAUGCCUGUUAUGGAGGAACUGCGGCUUUGUUAAACUGUGUCAAUUGGGUUGAGGGUAACUCGUGGGAUGGACGCUAUGGCCUCGUCAUUUGUACUGCAGCACGGACCCGCGAGGCCCACUGGAGGAGCGGCAGCUAUUGCUAUGUUGAUAGGACCAAUGCUCCUAUCGUUUUCGAAAGCAAAUUGAGAGGAAGUCACAUAGCUCACGUUGUUGAUGGUAAGCUUUCACAGACUUGCUACCUAAUGGCACUUGACUCUUGCUAUAAACAUUUAUGCAACAAUUUCUUACUUCUGGUGUUCUGUGUAACUCAUUUCAAUUCUUUGGUUAUAGGUUCGAAAAACUUGAGGGCAAAGAGUUCUCCAUCAAUGAUGCGGACUACUUUGUUUUCCAUUCUCCAUACAACAAACUCCAUUGAUGAGGCUGCCAAGGAAAAAUUCACCCCUUUUUCAUCGUUGUCCCUAGACGAGAGUUACCAAAGCCGUGAUCUUGAAAAGGUGUCACAACAUCUCGCGAAAUCGUUUUAUGAUGCUAAAGUGCAACCAACGACUUUAGUACCAAAGGAAGUCGGUAACAUGUACACCGCUUCUCUCUAUGCUGCAUUUGCUUCNCUCAUUCACAAUAAACACAACGAUUUGGCGGGAAAUCGGGUUGUUAUGUUCUCAUAUGGAAGUGGUUCAACCGCAACAAUGUUCUCAUUACGUCUAUGCGAAAAUCAAUCUCUUUUCAGCCUUUCAAGCAUUGCAUCUGUAAUGGACGUUGGUGGGAAGUUGAAGGCUAGACAUGAGGUACGGAGCAAAGGACUUUGUGACGAGCAAAGAGGGGGUAUUUUAGACCUUUUGGCUCCGGGAACAUAUUACCUGAAAGAGGUUGAUUCGUUGUAUCGGAGAUUCUACGGGAAGAAAGGCGACGAUGGAUCCAUUGCCAAUGGACACUGA